AUGACGAAAAAAUUUACAGAUGAACAAACGCAAGAACUUUUAGAUACAAAUAAAAUUGCAGAAGAAAAGAUUUAUGCAUUUUAUCUCAGCUUUUUUGAUCCGAAAAAGUGUGUUGGUGGCUACUAAAACGAAUACUUGCAAGUUAUGUUUGUAGAUUUAAGUUUAGAUGGACUCAAGCUCCCUAAUAGUUGAUUGGCUUGGAAUCGAUAUUAAGGUUCUUUAAUGCAAUUUAUAUUAGUCAUUGAACUUCUAUGAGUUAAACAAGUCUUUUUUUGCAAUAAGCCGAAAAUCAGACAUCACUUAAAAGUCUAAAUUAUGA